UUUUUCUUUGCAGCCACAGCUGAUGUUUAUAGGAAUGAGGGUAACGAGGCCUUCAAGAAAGGAGAUUUCAUCAAUGCUAUUCAUUUUUACACCAAAGGAAUUAAAAUGAACUGCAAUGAGAAAGAACUGAAGGCCAAACUGCACAACAACAGGGCUAUUGCACAUUUUAAACUUGGUAAGAUGAUGAGAGCUUUAAUAUGCAUUUUUUUUUUUCUAUUUUGAAGCUAUUGAGUUGUCAGUAGUAGUUUUCUGAAAAAGGUGAUAAUUUUGAAUGCAUGCCCGGAAAAAUUUACCUCUUAUCUUGGCCUCUCAAAUAUACAAAGAAGUAACCUCUUACACCAGAUAUCAAUGAGCAUCACAAGUUUUUCCCAAAAUUAUAGUAAUGGUAGUUGGUUUGCAACAUGUAUGGCUAAUCAGAGAUAUUUAUUUCAAUAACAGGAAAUCACCAGGAUUCACUAAGGGAUGCAGAAGCAGCCAUUGAGUUAAAUCCAACUUUCCUUAAGGCAAUUGUGAGAGGUUAGAUAUGUUAGCUGUGCAAUAAUAAUAAUGACAAAAGAACUCAACACUCCAAGGUUAAAUGAGGUUAAAUGGAGUUCAAUCUUGUCUCAAUUGACUUUAAUUAAGAGGUCGAGACCACCCUGAUGUACAUUUGAAUCCAGCUCUUGACUACUACGCCAUUACUUUCCAUUAAUCAUGAUAAGAAUAUUAUUUUGAACGGGAUGAAGAACUCAAUGCGGAAUGCAAAACAAAAUUUCAGCAUGAAUAUUUUAGUUCCUUAAGUCCAAUGAGUCACAGGUGUCAGAUAUGUUAAGAGCGUGUCCACGAGAGCACCGGGCAGUCGUGCUAUAAGCCAUCUCACCGAUUUCAAUGAAACUUUGACAGUUUAAAGGGUCUACCCCAAAACUCAAAGAGACAAACUGGUUUCUGUUUUGGUUCUUCCGGGGGAAGAUAGACCACCCCCGGUUUUUCUUGGUUUUUACCAAGGAAAUCGCUUCAAAUAGGUAAAAUGUAUGAAGCUCUCACGGCGAUGGUCUCUAACCGAUUACUUUGAAGAUUUGCACGCAUAUUUUUACAUCCUUAGUUAAUGUCUGCUGCGAGUAUCAGUCAGUUGGAUCGACGGCUUGUCAAUCAACAGAGGCAAAUAUACGACUUUGGUUUCAUCCAAAUAUUUGACAACUUUGAGGUCAAAUAUCUCCCGUUGCCAGAAAGCUACAACACUAAUCCUAAUUCCCCUUUAUAACCCAUCAUUUCAUCUCUGAAAAUCAUCAAAAAAAUCUUUGGGCACUACCGUAUUUUUGUCUUGGAUGCCUUUUAAAAUCUGCGACUGUGACAAGUUUCUCUCAACUACACCUGUCACGCAAUUCUUGCUCUAGGCGGUCACUUGACAAAAUACACCUACAUUUUUUAGCUCUUUAUACAAGAUGAUUGGUCAAGAAAGGUGAAAAAUGUGAAAAACGUUCGAGAUUUUUUGUAGGAAUGGAAAAUUUCACGUUUAGAGAAAUGCAUGUCGACGGAAGAUCAAUGGGAAAAUCGUAGCGUUUCUUUCUUCAGUCGUUUAUUACUUUGAAGAUUUGCUAAAAAAAAAAAGGGCAUAAGGCUCUUGUACAGAACAAAACAUUCAUUAGCCUAUACUUUGAUCGUCCAUUAUCAUUAUCGCACAGUUUACAAUGAGAAAACUGUAACAGGAGAGGAGAUGUCACAUGUCGCCUGCUUGUCGACGUACAAGUUCCCGAGUGUAACAACUUUGGCUUUUCCAUACCGCGAACGACGGGAAACUCUGCCCCCCUUAUUUCAUAGGAAAUAUCAAUAGCCCCAUAAAUUCAUUAACUACGCCAUGUUUCCAGAAAAUAAGAUUGGAAAAUUUUUUUUCCACUUUCCACCAUCAAGAAAUUCCACGCAUAGGAAUAGUAUUUGUAGGGUCACUGCGUGACCUUUUAUGAGAAGUAAAAAUUGUUCAUCUUUUUUUUUUCAAGAAGACACUUCUAGAAAGAUCCUAAUCCUUCUGUUAUCUUAUUUCCCUGUUUUUUGACUGCAAAUAUCAUCUGCAUUCAGUUUGCUAUUAUUUUCGCUGAUUGUCAUGGCCUUUCCGGCGUACACGUGCGAGCUAGUUCAUAUACAGGACUCUUUCGAGUUUCUCUGGCUGGUGUCGGGCUUAUGUGUGUAGGUCUGGUUCAAAAGAUAUCUGCACGCUGCAACACGGGUUCCUAUGUUUUCUCCUUUUUCUUUAUUUAUAUUUUCAUUCUCUUGCUUGCAUUAUCACACAUUUAUGUUUUUUUAUUCCAUCAGCACGUUCCCUCAGAUUUGGAAGUAGGCCAUGAAAAGUCAAUAUUGACCAGAACUGAAAUCCUUUUCUUUAACUAUUUGUUUCGGAGAACCCCCGUCAUUUGUGACUUUAUUUCUCAAGAAAAUGUGUUUUUAUUUGCUAUUUAUUUCCAUUAGAACAUGAAACUAGGUCCUGAUAAGUUUUUUUGUCUCGUGACUCCCAAAAACUGUGUUUGCAACAACAUCAAUUGAGAAAUCAAAGGCAAUUACGCCUGAGAAAUUCGCUUGUAGUCUUCUACCCACAGAAGGCAACUCCAUAUAAUGAAACGUUCUAAGACCUCUGUAAACUAGAGACAUUGGGUGAUGUUGAGGAGUGAAAUAUUUACCCUAAAUCUGUGACCCUCAAACGGAUCCGUACUCGUACGUGUAACUUCCGGAAAAUGUCACGCAUGUAUAACACCGUAAGCGCACCUGGCGUAUUCUAUCCACUGACUUCAAUAGUAAAGAGACAACUUAUUUACUAUUUGUAUAUGAGCAAACUUAUUUACCCUACUUGAAAAAAUCCUUGAUAAAGUCUACUAUUGUCAGACGAAACGCGUGGGAGAUAAAUUCAAGUUUUUACUUUCUUAGUUCGUGCAGUGAUGCUCACUAGUUUGUUCCGUCAAAAAUGCUUUUAAUGUGAAGUUACGUCGACCUCGACAGAAAAACUAAGCUCACCCUGUCAUAAACAAUGGUUUGAUACCGUAAGUACCAAUUUAGGUACAUCAUUGGGCUUUGAUCACAAUGAUGAAAAAAAAUGUGCGUUUCCUCACGCUCGCCACGUUUAUUCUUUGGAAAAUUAUUUUACUGGAGGGCGAUGUCGCUUACCUUGGCGCGUCUUGACUCUGGCCGACGAAAAUUAUCGAGGUAAACUCCAUGAAUUCAAGUCAAAUGUUUUAAAAACUUUGUCUACCCUUGAUUUGCACGCAGAAAAAAAAAGGCAAAUUCUGAACGGUAUUUGAAAACAUUUAAUUCAUUGGUCAGUUCAUGAACUGUUUUAUAGGAGCCCGAGGAAAAAGCAAAAUUGAAACAACCGGCGUAUCGGUCAAAUGAAUUCCAAUUUUUUCAACAAGGAGUUGGUAAGUUCAUUUUUCCUAGUAAAUUUAAGUGGGGUCAUUUUUUUGUGACAGCCGAUCAAAGAUAGACAUCUCUGAAAUGUCUCUGAAACUCUUUUUAAAAAGAGUUUAGACUUCCGGUAAUAUUUUCCUCCUUCUCGUAACAGCGCAACAGACAUUGUUAAUCCUAUGUAGUAUCGGUGUAUCAGUUGUAUUACGUCUUCAUAGUAGGACAGCAUGAACAACGCGCUUGAAUAAUUCCUACUAAGAGUCUUCGGGUCACACAACAGAUGUUAGCUUAGCGGAGUUCUGCAUGGAAAUGUUCGAUGGCGGUAAGUGACAACGACAACACUAUUUAAUUUUAUUUUCGGGAUAGAGGCACAGUUCUUAGUCCGAUAGAAGUAUUGAUAUUUGCUCUCGAGCGAGAGCGCAGAAUUUCUCGUCUGUAAAAGCCGAAGUUGUAGCACACUGGAACAUGUAAUAAUAUCAACCAACACGCAGGAUGACUUUAAAAUCUCCUAAAAUGAGCAAUGAUGAUGAUUAACAAUCAUAUUAUAGACUAAUGAGUGUUUUGUGCCGUACAAAAGCCAUAUCUGCUGAUUUUAGCAAAUCUUCAAAGUAAUAAACGACUGAAGAAAGAAACGCUACGAAACGUGUAAUAAUGUUUUCACCUUUCUUGAUAAAGCAAGAAUAUCUCGCUUUCUUGUUCCGUCUAUGACGGAUUGGGUAUAGCUCUCGCGAUGACCCGCGUUCAGAAAUCUGUGCACGUUGCUGAUAACAACCCACUUCUACGAUUAGUUUGCUGAAGGUUUCUAAUGUGACGAGCCUAGUGAGACCCUGAGGUGCUUCAAACUGUGCCAGUUGGUCUGCGCUAUAAACUUGUCGCAGUUCUUAAGUCAGAGGGAGGAUCGCCCACCUCUAUCUAUGUGAACGCCUCUACAGUACCUGCGUAUCCCUAGCAAUCAUAUGAUAUAAAGUUCAUCUCAGUCACAAAUCACCAGUUAGGAAAACUGAUGUUCAGAUAAGCGCUCUUCUUGCCCUUCUUCCCUAUUCAUUGCCGACUCUAAGAUAGCAGCUACAGUACGCGUUCUAUUUAGGUUUACAGUCACCUUGCCGCCACCAGGAAGACUCGCCACCAGCUUUGAUUUCUUCUGCCAUCUGCAGAUUCAUCUCUCUCUCCCUUUAUGUCUCCGAUUUUUAUGAGGAGGAAGCUGGCAUUCACGAACUCGAAGGUCUGAAUCUCACACCAAGUUGUUUUGCACGAUAUUUGAGGUACAUCGUGAAAUCGCGGCCUUCGUAAUCUCCAAAUAAGCCAAUACGCGCUAGAAUAAGCUCCAUCUCGGACGAAACGCAUGUUUAGGAUACAUCGACGUCUCUCAAAUGUUUUUUUUUUUUUUUUUUUUUUUUUAAGCUGUAUACCCACGAAUUUAGAGGUAUAAGCUGUUGCCGUCCCUGGCCAGCGCGAGAAAAGUAACAUUUGAUUCAACAGUUAGUUGCAAAUGAACAAGACAACUGCACCAUCUUGACUUUAGCAAUUCGAGUGUUAGAUUGAAUUGAGGGCCUUUUAGACACUCGAUUUCUUAUAUGACAUAACUAUGAAGACGUAAUACAACUGAUGCACCUAUACUACAUAGGAUUAACAAUGUCUGUUGCGCUGUUGCUAGAAGGAGGACAAUAUUACCGGAAGUGUACGCUCUUUUUAAAAAGAGUUUUAGAGCCGUUUCAGAGAUGUCUAUCUUUGAUCGGCUGUCACAAAAAAAAUGACCCCCACUUAAAUUUACUAAGAAAAAUGAACUUACCAACUCCUUGUUGAAAAAAUUGGAAUUCAUUUGACCGGUACGCCGGUUGUUUCAAUUUUUCUUUUUCCUCGGGCUGCUAUGAAACAGUUCAUAAACUGACCAAUGAAUAAAGUGUUUUGAAAUAAAUCGGGAUUUGCCUUUUUUUUUCUGCGUGCAAAUCAAGGGUAGACAAAGUUUUUAAAACAUUUGACUAGAAUUUCAUGGAGUUCACCUCGAUAAUUUUCGUCGGCCAGAGUCAAGACUCGCCAAGCUAAGCGACAUCGCCCUCCAGUAAAAAAAAUUUCUCCAAAGAAUAAACGUGGCGAGCGUGAGGAAACACACACUUUUUUUUCAUCAUUGUGAUCAAAGCCCAAAAUUACCUAAAUUGGUACUUACGGUAUCAAACCAUUGAUUAUGACAGGGUGAGCUUAGUUUUUCUGUCGAGGUCGACGUGACUUCACAUUAAAAGCAUUUUUGACGGAACAAACUAAUGAGCAUCACUGCACGAACUGAGAAAGUAAAAACAUGUAUUUAUCUCCCACGCGUUUCGUCUGACAAUAGUAGACUUCAUCAAGGAUUUUUUCAAGCAGGGUAAAUAAGCUUGGUCAUAUACAAAUAGUAAAUAAGUUAUCUCUUUACUAUUGAAGUCAGUGGGUAGAAUACGCCAGGUGCGCCUACGGUGUUAUACAUGCGUGACAUUUUCCGGACGUUACAUGUACGAGUACGUGAUCCGUUUAAGGGUCAAAGAUUUAGUGUAAAUAUUUCACUCCUCAACAUCACCCAAUGUCUCUAGUUUACAGAGGUCUUAGAACGUGUCAUUAUAUGGAGUUGCCUUCUGCGGGUAGAAGACUACAAGCGAAUUUCUCAGGCGUAAUUGCCUUUGAUUUCUCAAUUGAUGUUGUCGCAAACACAGUUUUUGGGAGUCACGCGACAAAAAAACUUAUCAGGACCUAGUUUCAUGUUCUAAUGGAAAUAAAUAGCAAAUAAAAACACAUUUUCUUGAGAAAUAAAGUCACAAAUGACGGGGGUUCUCCGAAACAAAUAAUGAUAGAAAAAGAUUUCAGUUCUGGUCAAUAUUGACUUUUCAUGGCCUACUUCCAAAUCUGAGGGAACGUGCUGAGGGAAUAAAAAAAAAUGAAUGUGUGAUAAUGCAAGUAAGAAAAUGAAAAUACAAAUAAAGAAAAGGGAGAAAACAUAGGAACCCGUGUUGCAGCGUGCAGAUAUCUUUUGAACCAGACCUACACACAUAAGCCCGACACCAGCCAGAGAAACUCGAAAGAGUCCUGUAUAUGAACUAGCUCGCACGUGCACGCAGGAAAGGCCAUGACAAUCAGCGAAAAUAAUAGCAAAUGCAGAUGAUAUUUGGAAGAUUAGGAACUUUUUAGAAAUGUCUUCUUGAAAACAAAAAAAAAAAAACAAUUUUUACUUCUCAUAAAAGGUCACGCAGUGACCCUACAAAUACUAUUCCUAUACGUGGAAUUUCUUGAUGGUGGAAAGUGGAAAAAACAUUUUCCACUCUUAUUUUCUGGAAACACGGCGUAGUUAAUGAAUUUAUGGGGCUAUUGAUAUUUAACAAAUAGAGAAGCCUUGACUGUGCUCUGUUCUGUUAUAAAGCACGCAGGAAGCGGCUUACACACGUAAAUUACGGCGCCUGGUAUGUUUACAAACCUUUGUUUGAUUCUUCUGUUGCUACUUGCCGGCUCGCUUCAGUGUCGAAAUUCCAAUUAUCGGAAAAAAGCUGAAAAGAAGUCCCGGAAAAGCUCGAACAUAGCACAAUUGGCAGAUGGCGUGACAGCUCUAGCUCAGCUCUAUGCUCUAUACUCUCAUAGAGCACGUUCUUUCAACCAAUGACAGCGCGCGUUAUAUGCGAACUUUCUUAUAAUUCCUAACAAAUAAGGGGGGCAGAGUUUCCCGUCAUUCGCGGUAUGGAAAAGCCGAAGUUGUUACACUCGGAACUUGUACGUCAACAAGCAGGCGACAUGUGACCUUAAAAUCUCCUCUCCUGUUAAAGUUUCCUUAUUGUAAACUGUGCGAUAAUGAUAAUAGACGAUCAAAGUAUAGGCUAAUGAAUGUUUUGUUCUGCACAAGAGCCCUAUGUCCUGAUUUUAGCAAAUCUUCAAAGUAAUAAACGACUGAAGAAAGAAACGCUACGAUUUUCCCACUGAUCUUCCAUCAACAUGCAUCUCUCUAAACGUGAAAUUUGCCAUUCCUACAAAUUAUCUCGAAAGUUUUUCACAUUUUUCACCUUUCUUGAGCAAUCAUCUUGUAUAAAGAGCUAAAAAAUGUAGGUAUAUUUUGUCAAGUGACCGCCUAGAGCAAGAAUUGCGUGACAGGUGUAGUUGAGAGAAACUUGUCACAGUCGCAGAUUUUAAAAAGUAUCUAAGGCAAAAAUACGAUAGUGCCCAAAGAUUUUUUUGAUGAUUUUCAGAGAUGAAAUGAUGGGUUAUAAAGGGUAAUUAAGAUUAGCGUUGUAGCUUUCUGGCAACGGUUGAUAUUUGACCUCAAAGUGUUCAAAUAUUUAGAUGAAUCAUAAAGUCUAAAAACACCAUCGUAUAUUUGCCUCUGUUGAUCGACAAGCCGUCGAUCAAACUGACUGAUACUCGCGGCGGCCAUUAAUUAAGGAUGUUAAAAUAUGUGUGCAAAUCUUCAAAGUAAUCGGUUAAAUACCAUCGCAGUGAGAGCUUCAUACAUUUUACCUAUUUGAAGCGAUUUCCUUGGUGAAAACCAAGAAAAAGCGGGGGGUGGGCUAUCUCCCCCUGGAAAGAACCAAAACAGAAAUCAGGCUGUUUUUUUGGAGUUUUGGGGUAGACCCUUUAAACUGACAAAGUUUCAUUGAAAUCGGUGAGAUGGCAUGUAGCACGACUGCCCGGUGCUCUCGUGGACACGCUCUGAAGUCACUAUCUAGCUGUUUUAAAAAGAAGGAUCAGGACUUACCUAACUUUUAGUGUUUUUGUAGGAGUUGUUGAUCCUAAUUUAAGUGUUCCUAGAAAUUUCAGUUGUCUGUAAGGCUAAAUAAAUCUAACUGAAACCUAAUAGGGCCUGUUUAUUCUUUUCCGUUUAGUUUUUUUGUAUUGUUUUGUUUUGCCUUUUUUUUUUCUUCUGGUCUGUAAUGAUUUCAAUGGUUUCAGGUUCUUUUCUCAGAAUUGAGCUACAGUAACAGUAUGCUUCUUUGUGUUGUUGCCUACAGGAGCCACUGCUUGUGUUGAAUUGAAGAGGUUUGAAGAAGCAAUCGCUUGGUGUGAUAAGGGACUAGCUGUAUCCUUUGAAGGAAUCUUUCAUUUUUAACCGUGGGUAUAAUGGAAAAAAGUUUCCAUAAUUUGAUGUUUCAAGGGAGAAAAUACAAAGAAGGGUGUUAAUUAUGAUGGGAACUUGUCAGCUCAUAUACUUUAAGUGUGUGUGUGAUUAAAAACAUAGGAGAAGUUAUUACCUCAUGGCUUAUUAAUGAAAUUACUCCUUUUAGCCACUUUGACUUAGUUCUACUAUCCAUGCCAAUAACUGGUACAUUAGUUUAGAUAACCCUUUAAUUCACAGACCAAAUUUGUAAUUAUCCUUACUGUCAACCAUACAAUUCUUGUAAUGUUAGUACAUAGAAUUCAGUAUUGCAUCAAUUAACUAUUUUUAAAUUGAUAUAUCUUUUUUACUCUCAACACUUAUCUGAUUGAUAUUGUAUUGCUAUUGUAAGGAGAAAUUCUCUUUUGGUCACUCACGGGAGUUAAAGGGUUAGAAGACUAAAUUUUAUCCAGUUUAUACAUCUUACUUGGGUAGAUGAUCUCUCUAAAAUAGGCCAAAACAAAAAGCUCGGUAAUGUUUACAUAUCUUAUGCAGAUUUUCUUGCCUUCGACCUUUUGCCACUACUUAGAGACUCGGAAACUUUCGUUGUGCUUUCCUAUGGACAAAUAAAAAUUUUAAAGACAUGUAUUUGUAUUAUAGACUCAUUUCUUCCACUGCUGUAAAACAUUUGUCAGAUAUUAAAGCUAUAUUAAUUUAAACAUUGAGCAAGUGCUGCUCAGUUUUUGGAAACUAGGGAUUAAAUCUAGAUAUUGCGCGUUAAAUUUUGAGGCUGCACACAGAACAAAACCAUUUUUUGAAGUGUAGAUUUACUUCAUAACUGACUUUAAGACUGAAUGUUGAUAAAUCCUCUACCUUUCAUGCAAAGCCCUCCGAAUGGGCCAUUUUAUAGCUGUGUACUUAGUUGCCAAGCCUUUGAUUUGGAGUGAGGCUGAAGGUGACCCUGUUGUGAUAGAGACCAGUAUCUAGAAACGAUAAUAACAAAGUAGUUUGCAUUUAAAAGGCAGCAAUGUUUUUAUCAUAACAAGGUCACCCUUAAUCAUCGCUCUUGUUCAGAGGUUUGGGAACCAAACACGCAAAUGUUAAAAUAAACUAUUACAUAUCAAUAUGAUCAGAAACAUAAUCUUUUUUGUUUUUUUCUACAUUUGUAACCCUUAACAUAAAAAAGAUUGACAAAAACAAUAGGAUCUUCUUGUCAUUGAGACUUCAGUCUGUCAGUGAAGUGAGAGAUAAAUCCAUGGAGGAAAAAGAUCCUCUUAGUCAUGACCACGGUAGUGCAAGUUCAGAUGAUGUCAAGAAAGUCAUAGAUCUCUAUAAUCGGGGAGAAAUAGCCAUAGAGUACCAGAAUCUACAUCUUAAAAAAGCUAAAGAAAUAGGAGACAAGCAUGGAGAGGGUAAGGCUUAUGGCAAUCUUGGCAAUGCUUAUGACCGUCUGGGUGAUUUCAAAAAAGCCAUAGAGUACCACAACCUACAUCUUAAAAUAGCUAAAGAAGUAGGAGACAAGCAUGGGGAGGGUAACGCUUAUGGCAAUCUUGGCAAUGCUUAUGGCAGUCUGGGUUAUUUCAAAAAAGCCAUAGAGUACCACAACCUAGAUCUUAAAAUAGCUAAAGAAGUAGGAGACAAGCAUGGGGAGGGUAACGCUUAUGGCAAUCUUGGCAAUGCUUAUGGCAGUCUGGGUGAUUUCAAAAAAGCCAUAGAGUACCACAACCUACAUCUUAAAAUAGCUAAAGAACUAGGAGACAAGCAUGGGGAGGGUAACGCUUAUGGCAAUCUUGGCAAUGCUUAUCACCGUCUGGGUGAUUUCAAAAAAGCCAUAGAGUACCACAACCUAGAUCUUACAAUAGCUAAAGAAGUAGGAGACAAGCAUGGGGAGGGUGGUGCUUAUGGCAAUCUUGGCAAUGCUUAUCGCAGUCUGGGUGAUUUCAAAAAAGCCAUAGAGUACCUCAACCUACAUCUUAAAAUAGCUAAAGAAGUAGGAGACAAGCAUGGGGAGGGUAACGAUUAUGGCAAUCUUGGCAAUGCUUAUCACCAAGUGGGUGAUUUCAAAAAAGCCAUAGGGUACCACAACCUACAUCUUACAAUAGCUAAAGAAGUAGGAGACAAGCAUGGGGAGGGUAACGCUUAUGGCAAUCUUGGCAAUCCUUAUCAGCGUCUGGGUGAUUCCAAAAAAGCCAUAGAGUACCACAACCUACAUCUUAAAAUAGCUAAAGAAGUAGGAGACAAGCAUGGGGAGGGUAACGCUUAUGGCAGUCUUGGCAAUGCUUAUCACCGUCUGAGUGAUUUCAAAAAAGCCAUAGAGUACCACAACCUACAUCUUAAAAUAGCUAAAGAAGUAGGAGACAAGCAUGGGGAGGGUAACGCUUAUGGCAAUCUUGGCAAUGCUUAUCGCCGUCUGGGUGAUUUGAAAAAAGCCAUAGAGUACCACAACCUAAUUCUUACAAUAGCUAAAGAAGUAGGAGACAAGCAUGGGGAAGGUAACGCUUAUGGCAAUCUUGGCAAUGCUUAUCAGCGUCUGGGUGAUUUCAAAAAAGCCAUAGAGUACCACAACCUAGAUCUUAAAAUAGCUAAAGAAGUAGGAGACAAGUAUGGGGAGGGUGUUUCUUAUGGCAAUCUUGGCAAUGCUUAUCGCCGUCUGGGUGAUUUCAAAAAAGCCAUAGAGUACCACAACCUACAUCUUAAAAUAGCUAAAGAAGUAGGAGACAAGCAUGGGGAGGGUGGUGCUUAUGGCAAUCUUGGCAAUGCUUAUCACCGUCUGGGUGAUUUCAAAAAAGCCAUAGAGUACCACAACCUACAUCUUAAAAUAGCUAAAGAAGUUGGAGACAAGCAUGGGGAGGGUAACGCUUAUGGCAAUCUUGGCAAUGCUUAUCACCGUCUGGGUAAUUUCAAAAAAGCCAUAGAGUACCACAACCUAAUUCUUACAAUAGCUAAAGAAGUAGGAGACAAGCAUGGGGAGGGUGGUGCUUAUGGCAAUCUUGGCAAUGCUUAUCUUAGUCUGGGUGAUUUCAAAAAAGCCAUAGAGUUCCACAACCUAGAUCUUAAAAUAGCUACAGAAGUAGGAGACAAGCAUGGGGAGGGUGGUGCUUAUGGCAAUCUUGGCAAUGCUUAUCUUAGUCUGGGUGAUUUCAAAAAAGCCAUACAGUACCUCAACCUACAUCUUAAAAUAGCUAAAGAAGUAGGAGACAAGCAUUGGGAAGGUAAGGCUUAUUGCAAUCUUGGCAAUGCUUAUUUUAGUCUGGGUGAUUUAAAAAAAGCCAUAGAGUACCACAACCUAGAUCUUAAAAUAGGUAAAGAAGUAGGAGACAAGCAUGGGGAGGGUAACGCUUAUGGCAAUCUUGGCAAUGCUUAUGGCCGUCUGGGUGAUUUCAAAAAAGGCAUAGAGUACCACAACCUACAUCUUAUAAUAGCUAAAGAAGUAGGAGACAAAUCCUCGGAGGCAAUGGCCUACUGUUCAUUAGGAUUGGAUUUUGAGUUUCAAGGUGGACUGCCAAAAGCCGUUGAACAUUACCAAGCUAGCAUAAACUUAUUCAAUUCCUUGAGAGUACUUCUAAUAUCUAAAGAUGAGUGGAAAGUUAAUUUUCGAAAUCGGCAUCAAGUGGCGUAUACGGGUUUGUGGAGAGUUCUCGUAGAACAAGGUAAUGUAGAUGAAGCCUUAUUUUUUGCUGAGAAAGGACGAGCUCAAGCUCUGACCGACCUCAUGGAAUCCAGGUUUUGUGGUGCAACAAGUCACCGCAAGGGAGAAGAUGAAGAUUGCGCAGUAUUAAAAAACGUUCCAUCAAACACUGUCUUUCAGGCAGUGGACAAAGCUAACGUCUAUCUUUGGGUUGUGUCCGAAGGAAAACAAGUUCAGUUAAGACAAAGUAAACUCAAAGGUUUUGUUUUAGAGAAUAGUGGAUCUAGCCUGUCCUUUGAGUCGUUCAUGCUCGGUGUCUAUACACAACUUGGUGUUCGUUCUAAUGUGAGAUGCGAGAAUCGAUCUUUAGAUGCUUUGAGGGAGGUUCGUUUAAAAGUGGAUGAGAAAACCAAAGAAGCCAAGCCUCAACCUCACAUCCAACAAGACGGAUGCUUGAGCACUUUGUAUGAUAUCGUUAUGAAGCCGGUGGCUGACUUGAUUGAAGGGGAUGAGCUACUCAUUAUUCCUGAUGGACCCCUGUGGAUCGCUCCUUACGCUGCAUUGAAGGAUGGUAAUUCUAAAUACCUGUGUGAAUCGUUCGCAAUCCGAGUCGCUCCAUCGUUAGCAAGUCUUAGACUCAUUGCCGAUUGCCCAGAUGAUUAUCACAAAAGCAGUGGUGCGUUACUUGUAGGAGGUCCGUGGUUAUCCGAGGUUACUAACAGCGAGGGAAAGAAAGUCUUCGAGGAGCUUCAGUAUGCUAAAAAAGAAGUAGAAAUGAUCGGAAAAAUUCUGAAUAUCACGCCAAUCACUGGCAGUCAGGCCACGAAACGUGAGGUGUUGAAAAGACUCAGUUCCGUUUCCCUAGUUCACUUUGCGGCAUACGGAUGUAUGGAAACUGGCGAAAUUGCUCUUACACCUGACCCAGACCGAAUAUCUACUGUGCCAACGCAGGAGGAUUGCAUUUUAACAAUUGGAGAUGUGUUGAAUGCUCAACUUCGGGCCAAACUUGUUGUGCUUAGUUGCUGCCACAGCGGCCGGGGCGAGAUCAAGGCUGAAGGUGUGGUUGGCAUUGCGCGCGCUUUUAUGGGGGCUGGUGCUCGGUCUAUUGUGGUUUCCCUCUGGGCGAUUGAUGACGAGGCUACUCUUGAGUUCAUGAAACACUUUUAUCAACAGCUUGCAGGAGGUAAACCAGCAAGCGAGUCACUGAACCUGGCCAUGAAAAGCCUCAGAGAAUCAGACACGUUCUGCGACAUCAAAUACUGGGCUCCCUUUUUGCUGAUUGGAGAUGACGUCACUCUUGACUUCAUGGCAAAGGAAAGAGAAAAUUUGAAUAUGAAAUCACAUAAAUGA